UCCGCUCCUAGGACCCAGCUCCCGCGUCAGCCCAGGGGCGGGGAACCGCGGGCGGCUGACAGCCUGUUUACGGCUCAAGCUCCGCCCGUGUCCUUUUCUCCCUGCCGGGAAUGGAAGCGGCAGAGUCUGCCCCCAGGGACCGCGCCCGGAAACCGCCGCCGGGGGACAGGGCUCCGGGGCGCGCCUCCACCCCCACGGCGCAUCCCAGUCCUGCGUGGGAGCGGUCCGGCCCCGGAUGCGGCUCCGGCCAGCCAGGAUCUGUUCCUCAAUCCCCGCUCCCGCCCCACGCGCGUCCUUUCCCCACCUCCGAGGUUGUCCGUCGUUUCCUCCCUUAUGCAACCGCUCCUGAGAAGGGCUGGGACCCCCACCCGCGUGUGCGUGGUGGGGACUCUCCAUUCUUCGCCUCCAGCUCCAUCAGUUUUUUAAAGGAUGGAGGACGGUGGGAGAAGAACGAGAGUGGGCAGGCAGGCAGCCCGGGAGGGACGACUUCCAAGCUGUCAGCAGCCAUCCCAUCCCCACCCUGGAACACCCACCCACCUAGUCUUCGCUCCGAUCCCCCGCGGGCUGGGAAAAAGGAGGAGGAGGAGGCUCUCUUCUCCCGGAUACUUCGCAGCCCAGAGGAGAACAAGUGCAAAAGGGGAAAAAAACAGAUGCGCAUGUAUCGCGGCGGCUCCUCUUCUAGAAUUUCCCCUUUUUGACUAUCGCGACUUUGGAGACAG